GGCUGGUUUCGGGAGCCUGGGCCAUGACUGCAGCUGCUGCUUCCUUACCUGGAGACACAGAGGCGCCCCUUUCCUUGACAGAGUAACCAGAAACUUAAAACCAAAGGAACAAGGUGCCCAACAGACCAUCUGGACUCUUCAGCCAUUUCUUUGAGGAGCUGCAGCACCCUAGAGGGGUGUCACUUGCUUUAAGGAGUACAGAAACCCUAGCUGUGGACAUGCCUCAUCCCACGAACCCUGCUCUGUAUCGUCUCACCAAGCACCUACUACAGAAAUAUCACAAGGCAGUGAGGCCAGUUCACGACUGGACUGAGGCCACCACGGUGUAUCUGGAUGUGCUUGUCCAUGCCGUUUUGGAUGUGGACGCACAGAACCAAAAAUUGAAGACAAGUAUAUGGUACCACGAGGUUUGGGAUGAUGAGUUUUUAUCCUGGAACCCCAGCAUGUUUGAUGAGAUUAGAGAGAUCUCUCUACCUCUAAGUGACAUCUGGAUGCCUGACAUCAUCAUCAAGGAGGUUGUGGACUUCGAAGGAUCACCCGACCUUCCAUAUGUCUAUGUGAACUCAUCUGGGACCAUUAAGAACUCUAAGCCUAUCCAGGUGGUCUCUGCGUGUAGUUUAGAAACCUAUGCGUUUCCGUUUGACAUCCAGAACUGCAGCCUGACCUUCAGUAGCGCCCUGCACACAGUGCAUGACAUCAACCUGGCCUUCCUGAGGAGCAGAGGAGACAUGAAGCAUGACAAGAAGGAAUUUUUGAAUGACAGUGAGUGGGAGCUUCUCUCUGUGUCCUCAACGCACAACAUCCUGCAGAGCUGCGCUGGAGAGUCUGCCCAGAUUCAGUUUCACGUGGUGAUUCGCAGGCACCCACUGGUCUAUGUUGUGAGCCUGCUGAUUCCCAGCAUCUUCCUAAUGCUCGUGGAUCUGGGGAGCUUCUACUUACCACCCACGUGUCGUGCCAGGAUUGCGUUCAAGACCAGCGUGCUGGUGGGCUACACCGUCUUCAGGGUCAACAUAUCUGACGAGAUGCCCAGGAGUGCACUGAGCACCCCUCUGAUUGGGGUCUUCUUUGUGGUCUGCAUGGCCUUCCUGGUUAUCAGCUUAUUUAAGUCCAUCCUGUUGGUCAGAUUCCUUCAUGAUGAGAGUGGCGCCGGGCAGGAACGGCCCCUCUUGUGCCUUCAAGGGGACACCGAUGCUGAUGAGCCUAGGACAGAUCCCAGAGCCCAGCUUGCUGGGGCAACAGAGCCCCCCUUCUGUCAAGAACACCAGGUCCAGCCAGGGACCCUGAAGGAGGUCUGGUUCCAGCUGAGGUCCAUCAGCACCUACUUCCAAACCUGGGAGCAGGCGGAGCAGCAGGAGGUUAAGUGGCUGGCCCUCCUGCAGCGUUUUGACCGACUGCUCUUUCAAGCCUACGCCGUCGUGCUGGGACUCUAUGCCGUCACCCUGUGCUCCCUGUGGGCGCUGUGGGCCAGCUCGUGAACACGGGAGCCUGCUCGCUCUCAGCACGUGGGGCAGCCUCCAGGGUUUCCGCGGGGGUGGAGAUGGGGGCACAUGGGUUAACAAGCUCCUCACUUCUUAUUGCCUCUUGUCCUUCAGUGCAGCUCACAGCUGAGGGGGCACUGCAUGACCCAGGAUCAGGCAUUCCGGAGGAAAGUGCCCAGACAUCUCAAGGUAUACAGUGAAAAGGAAGCCUGCCUUCUGAUUCUGGUUCGCUCCCCCAGAGUGACCACCACUAGCAGUCUCUUUCAGAACAUGCCUAGGUGUAUUGCAGAUCAUUCUUCACUUGACUUGAUUCCCAGGGUCAACCUUGCACAAAGCAGAAUGCAAGAUUCGCACCAUAUCCGUGUCCUGAAGCCCUUGUUCCCACUGUCUCCCAUGAGCACCUCUCCCCCUGCACCCCGUCACCUGCUGGAGGGAAGCCGGUACCAACCUCUCGGACCGAAUCAACACAACAUGUGUAAGACACGGCGCAGGGGGUAGGCUUCCUGCAUGGCCCUUGGGUUCAAGGACAUUAUAAUCCACUGUCCUUGUAUUUGUCAGCUAGGGCUGCCAUA